AUUUAGCGCACAUAGUGAAGAGACAUUAGUGCUUUUUAUUAAGGAAUUAUUUAUUUAUACCUAUAUAAAUUCAUAAUGCCAUCUAUUGGCGUCGCGGAGUACUAUGCUGGGAAAUCGAUCUUCAUCACUGGAGCCACUGGCUUCAUGGGAAAGGUUCUGGUGGAGAAACUCCUUAGAUCCUGUCAAGACCUGAAGACAAUUUAUAUUUUGGUUAGGAAGAAGAAAGGACAAAGCGCCGAGAGUAGACUGGAGACAUUUAUCUCGUGUCGGUUAUUUGAGAACCUCCAAAAACAAAAUCCAAAGGUGUUUAACAAAUUGAGGGUGAUCCCUGGUGAUAUAUUGGAGGAAGGUUUGGGAAUAUCUGCUGAGGAUUUGGAGGAAUUGGAACAGGAAUGUCAAAUUGUUUUCAAUAACGCUGCUUGUGUCAGUUUCAAAAUGCCGAUCAGAGAAGCGGUGAACCUUAAUACAGUUGGAGUCUUGAAGACCUUGCAAUUAGCAGAGAGGAUGAAGAAAUUGGUGGUCUUUCUUCAUGUUUCAACGGCUUUCUGUCACGAUGGUGUUGAAAUCCUCGAGGAAAAGAUGUACCCCUCAAAGCACAACCCCUUUGACGUGAUCGAAUGCUUGAAAUGGAUGGAUGAUGAGUUACUGGAUUCUCUUCAAGAAACAUUAAUCAAGCCAUACCCAAAUACGUAUGGAUAUACUAAAUGCUUGUCUGAGCAGGUUCUGACAUCGUUCGUCGGAAAAUUUCCCAUCGCAAUCGGCAGACCUUCGAUUGUGAUACCAUCGGCGAAGGAACCAAUGCCAGGCUGGAUAGAUAAUAUAAAUGGUCCAAGCGGUGUUGUGUACGCGGCGUCUAGAGGAGUGUUGCAUUCAAUGUACUGCACAGAAUCAACGAAGACCGACGCUGUUCCGGUUGAUAUUUCCAUUAAUGGUCUGAUUCUAUUAGCAUAUUUUACAGCAUUAGAGAGGCCGAAAGACAUCAGAGUAUGUAAUAUAACUCAAUCUGGAUUAAACGCAAUUACUUGGAAGGAAACAUCUGCCUAUUGGCAGAAAUAUUUAGCUGAAUACCCAUUGUCCUACAGCUUAUGGUAUCCGGUAGCGACAGGAAAAAAUUACAAAAUUCAACAUCAAAUAGCAGUAUUUUUCACCCAAACACUCCCAGCUUACUUCGUAGACUUAAUUUUGUUCAUCCUAGGAAAAAAAACAUUCAUGAUAAAUUUGUCGAAGCGCCUCGACGCUGGCAUGGAAGUGUUGGAAUACUAUACUGUAAGGAAUUGGACAUUUAAGAACGAUUACUUCAAAUCAUUCGAGACUAAAUUAUCAAAGGACGAACGAGAAAUAUUUACUACAGAUUUGAUGUUGAUAAAUUUGGAUGAGUAUAUGAAGAAUUACAUAAAAGGCAUGCGUGAGUUCUAUUGUAAGGAAGACGAUUCAACUUUGCCUAAAGCCAGGAAAUUGCACAAAAGAUUGUAUUACCUCCAUAUAGCUUUGAAGACAAUUGUAUACGCAUUAUGUGCGUAUGUCAUAUAUCGCAUUUAUAUAAAAUUAUUCUAAAUAUACAAAAAAAUUUUUUUUUAACUAUGUAAAAUGAGGUGGUAAAUAAAUUU